AGUCCCUGAAGCUCACUUCGCCUGCUAGCUGUCAUGGUUUCGUUACUCUUUAUAGCAUGUGCUGCCUUGAUUGCAUCCACCUACGCUCAGACUCCCAAAUAUGUCGAGCCUUCGGUUCCUACAGGAGUUCCAAUUUCCGGAAACUAUAGUGGUGCUCUCCGCCCCCAAGUCCAUUUCUCCCCUCCCAAGGACUUUAUGAAUGAUCCCAAUGGGAUGUUUGUCGAUGCGAACGGCACGUACCACCUGUAUUAUCAAUACAAUCCGACAGGCGUCGUGGCAGGCAACCAGCAUUGGGGCCAUGCGACUUCCAAAGAUCUAUACCACUGGGUGAACCAACAAAUCGCCAUCUUCCCUCCCGACGCACAUUCCAACAUCUACUCGGGGUCGGCGGUAGUGGACGUGAACAACACAUCAGGAUUCUUCCCACAUCAAGACAAUGGUGUGGUGGCUGUGUACACCAUCAACACUCCCACAUCGCAAACACAGGCACUUUCGUAUUCUAUUGAUGGCGGCUACACCUUCCAACCCUACUCUGGUAACCCGGUCCUUAGCGACAACUCGAGCCAGUUCCGCGACCCUAAGGUCAUCUGGCACGCGCCCACGCAGCAAUGGGUGAUGGUGGUUGCCUACGCGCAGGCUCUGACAGUGGGCUUCUUCACGUCCGACAACCUCAAGGAUUGGCAGCAUGUCUACAACUUCUCUCAUUAUGGCCUGCUUGGUGACCAGUACGAAUGCCCCAACCUGGUGGAGAUUCGGAUGGAGGGCCAAAAGGAGCCGAUGUACUUGCUCGCCGUGAGCAUCAAUCCCGGCGCUCCCCUCGGUGGCUCGAUAACCCAGUACUUCCCAGGCUCGUUUAAUGGCUCCGUCUUCACACCGGUCGAUGGCGCGGCACGGAUUGGUGAUUUCGGCAAAGACAAUUAUGCAGGUCAGUUCUUCUAUGGCAUCCCCGGAGACCAAGACCAAAUAUCCAUCGCCUGGACGAGCAACUGGCAGUACUCGCAAGUGGUCCCCACGGGACCUUCGGAGGGCUGGCGUUCGUCCAUGUCGCUCCCCCGCGUCAAUUACCUGAAGAACGUCAGCCGGGUUGGCUAUGAUCUGGUGUCGGCGCCAUCCAGCUUGGCUCCUGUGAUCAACACCACGGCCCUGGUCCGAAAGACGAUGGGCAACGGCAGCGUGAGCCUCGAUUACUCCUCGGUGACUUCCGGGGCGCUGUACUUCCAAAUCAACAUCACCAACAUCCCCGUGGCCAACAUCACGGGCACCGCCAACUUCACGUUUUCGUCGUCCCGCUCCGGCGAGUCGCUCAAGGCAGGCUACUUCCUCGCCCCGGACAGCGCCUUCUUCAUCGACCGCGGCAACGUCAGGGGGUUCGAUAACCCGUUCUUCACCGACAAGUUCUCGACGAGCUGUCCGUACAAUUCCUCGGCGUCGUCGCUCACCUGGAGCGUCGAGGGCGUGAUCGACCGGAGUAUCCUCGAGGUUUUCAUUAAUGGCGGCGAGUCGUCUGCCACGGUGACGUUCUUUCCCGAGCAGGAGCUCGAUACCCUGAAGAUCAGCUCGGGCGAUCUCAAUCCCGCUGUAACUGUAAAUGCGGUCGUCUAUGGGUUGAACAGCGCGUGGGCGAGGUUUGAAGACGCCCACGGGACGGUGGCGGGGAAUGUCACAAGUCAGAAAGAUUAGUUUGGGGAGCCCUCUGAGGUUGGAUGACCCCGAGACAUGGCGGGUAGGUCAGAUUGAUUACAUGAAGGUAGAUGUCAAUGGGGCCAUUAAAAGCUAGUAAUUUCGAGAGAGCAUUAGUCCGUGUCAGCAUGCAAACUGUAGAUCUUGUUGCUAAGUCAAUACCAU